AUGGAUAAUCACAUUGAGGGAGGUGGAAUUCCUAGGAAAUGUGAAUGUGGAGCUCCCACAAUCAUAUUGGAGUCAAAGACAGCUCAAAAUCCAGGAAGAAGAUUUUACAGAUGUGGAGAAAUAUAUGGUCCAAACCAUGUGUUCAAGUGGCUUGAUGAAGCACACCAUGAAGAACUUGGAAUAUUGAGAAGUCAACAAGCAAUGAUAGCAAAAGAUUUGGCUGAGAUUAAAACAGAAAUUGGUGAGCUGAAGAAAGAUAUUGGUGAGAUCAUUGAAGUGCUUGAGAGUUUUAGAUCUAAGUUUUAG